AUGGGAGAGGUGAUCAAUGGCCGAGGUUUGGUCACCGGAAGGGUUCCCCAAUUAAUAGACCACACGUUAUGUAAGGUUCAGAUGUUUCCCAAAUUGGAUAAAAUCCAAGAAAUGGAAGAUCCGAGGGCUGCGGUUGAAGCCUAUUUUAACAGAACGGGUUAUGUCUGUAAGACUUACUGCAAAAUCAAAUCAGCGAAUACAGAAUUGUCCAAAAUAUCGGCUAUUUUUGAUUCUCCGCUAUAUAUUCUGUGCGCUACUGAAAGG